GAGCCCCGUUAACGCGGACGUCGGGGAUGUGUCGCGACAACGCCGGCCCGUCCUUUACGUUCGACAGGCGCGAAACUUUCAAUCGCGAAACAACCACUCGCGGAACACACGUUGCUGGUUGCCGCCGCGAGUGCCGUACGCUGAUCAAUACUGUAUUUGCAUAAAAUCGAUUAAUGAGCCCCGAACUGGCACACUCGCCGCGGCAUGAGCUCGCCAGGAAAAUACCUGCCGCGUCGGAGUAAAGUCAACGAUUACCGAAUAACGGCGGAGCAGGACGAGGCGCGUACCGAGUUGCGUCCACGAAGAAUCAAAUGGCGGACAAAAAUAUCCAAGCGAUCCAUCAGUUUCUUUUGGAGCACAACUUCGAGAGCACUGCCGAGGCUUUAGUUCGGGAAGCUUCGAAAAUGGGCUUUCAAAAUCUAGGAUGCGAGUUUGGAGAAGUAACUGAUCCCUGUGUCCAACUGAAGCUACGCUGCAAUGCCGGAGAUUAUUCGGCGUUUUUCCAAUUAUGGAAUGACGCGUUCGCCGAUAACACCAAGCAAUGUGAAGAGUACAAAAAGUUGACAUUUUAUUUACACGUACACUUCGCUGUACUGCCUAAACGUAAAAGACGCAUCGAUCGAUAUAAGGAAUAUGACCCGACGCCAGAAAUAGGUACACCGAGAUUGUCUUCAACGGAGAAAGAUCUUGCCCCGGAAAAGUGCAAGCAGAACAAUACCAUUGAAAUUGAAACGAAUAUAAAUGAAAGCAUGAAACAAUUGCAAGAUUAUUUGAGUGGGGACGGCAAGGAAUUAGAAUAUGACACAGAAUUUCAAACGUUUUAUGCACUGCCGUUUAUAGAAGAUCUUUACGCGGAUACUUUUUUCUCCAAAGUGUUAGAACAAGAUUGGUUGGAUGAGCUAUCGAAAAAUCUAGAUUCGUUUAUCACACGUCACAGACAAGAUUUAAUCGAUUGGGACAACAUAAACUCCAAUAAAGCGCAAUCGCAGGAUCUAGGUCGUACGACCGUGCCAGCAACAAAGACAAUGGCUAUGGAGUCGGAUGUUACGCAAAAUAAGAUUAGAGAGACUAAUGUGCCGAUUGUGCCAAAUGACAGGGAUAUACCCAUAUUUCUGGAAGACCGUAUCGACGAGGAGCACAAGCUUCUUAACAAAACAAGUUUAGACUCGAAAAGCACACAAACGUAUAUUACUGGAGAUCAAAUUACAACCAGCAAUUUACGAGAAGAUACAUUGAAUCCAGGAGAGAGCGUUAAUAGUUUGUUGAAGAUGCACAAGUCAGAUAAAAGAUUGACUCAAUAUAAUCGCGAAUUAGCAUUAACCAAGUCUCAUUUAUACAGUAUUCAUACAAAUUAUGAGAAAUUAAAAGUGAGAUUUCACAAAUUACACGCGGACUACCAUAAACUGAUAGACGUUGCCGGGGAAUUGACGGUGGCACUGGAGAGCUCGGUGAAAGGGCGACAUGUCGAUGUGCAACAAACGCUCGAGACCUGCACGAAAAUAUUUCCAGACUUGUUUAAUCAGAAUAUAAGAGAGUCUUCGUAUCCGUCCUUGUUACAACUCGAUCGUAUUGACGUAACUGCAAUUGCACUGCCUAAAUCUAACGGCGCGGCACUGCCGGUAGCUCCCAAAUUAUUGGAUUAUAAAAAGAUCAAGAUACAUCUACUUAACGGAGACGUGAAGACAAAGUUAUUGCUGUUGCAAGCGUUGCGUUGGAAAAUAACGCUCGUGCAGUCGGCAGAGCAAGACGAAGUCCUACACGAGUACAUAAGUCGCGACUUGUUGGGGCUUCACGGGCAAAUUGCUAGCGACAAUGGCAAGUCGAUUCUACCAUGUCUGCUGACCGUGGGGGUAGCUUAUGCCAGACACCUUUUGCAGCAAUUCACAGCACGAUUACUAAACACUCUGGCAUCCUUCAGAUGCGGAAGAGAUUAUCUGUCGGUCAGAUCGACUGUUGUAAAUGUGACCUUCGCUUGCCUCGACAAUAACUACGCUGACGGAGUGGAUCCAUUCGCGUGUGACAUGAUGGUGGCGAUGUUACAAAAACUGUCUUUACGUAGACAGCAGCGGAUCUACAUGAUCGAGAGCGGACUCCUAGAAUGGUUGAUCAAUCACCUACACGACAAAUGUCGCAUCAUAAGUUUAUACAGGCUCGAAUACGCUACCGCACUUUUAAUGAACCUGUCGCUACAUCGAUUAGCACAAGCCAGAGCGUCGAAAAUAUCUUCGCUACUCGUGUCUACCUUGCUCGUCCUUCUCUCGAUAGAUCAUACGUCUUCACUACCGUACAUCAAUGGAGCACUAAACAAUUUUCUAAGCAAUCCUAUAAUCAAUGAGGAAGCAAGGAAAAUUAAGCGUUCAAAUAUAUCAGAAUAUCUUGGUAGUAAUCAGAAAAUUGCGGAAAUAAGGAAGCAUCUAGAUCAUGUAUUGAGGAUACAGAGACACGAAAAUGUUAACACGCCGCAGAAUGACGAGGCCGGGGAUGAUGACAACGAAGACUUGGAUGUACUGGAGAGUGAAUUAGACGAAAACGAUCCACUGCAAAACUCUAUCGGCGAAUUGAACGGAGAAAUGUUGCUUGCAAUGUGUUACAGCGUUUCUUCGAAAAUCUCUCAAGAGGUUGUAAAUUCGGAUACAGCUCUGCAACAAAUGUCUACGCUCAAUCCUAUCGACUUUUACGACAAUCAACACAUUAAUCAUGUCUGUAAUAAACGUCCAUCAUAUCCUGCGCUAAGAUCGGAGAAUAGGAUGAAUACAGGAAAAUUCAGAAAACCGGAAUUAGAAAAGUUGUCCCUAGAAACAAUAAAGUCUUUUAAGCGAAAUUUCUCUGAGAGAAUACCUAACAAUACAAUCUAUUUGUAUGAAAACCAGACCUCCAAGGGCAGCAGUGAAACUGCAGUGACAUCUUCUACGAUUCUUGUAUCCGGUCGCGAGAAUGACCAGGCAGAAAUGGAGAAAUUCAGUAGCAUAGCGUCGCUGAAUAGUAACUAUAAUAGCAACAUAAUUAAUGAUGCUUCGUGGAAAAAUGAUCCAGAGUUUGCUAAAGAAGAAGAGGCAUUUUUAGCUAAGCCUAAAUUAUCAAGGACACCUCCGUGAACGUUGAAAUAUCAUACAAUUUUAUUACAUAAAAAUUGUAGUAUGUGUGUGCGUAUGUGUGACAGGUAAAAUAUUUUUGUUAUACAAUAUCAACUAUUACAGUGUACUUAUCAUAGAUAACAUACAAGUGUAAUUUUUACAUGGUAUUUAAAAAAUAAAUACAAGUAGAUCUUAAA